CUUUUUCUUUCCGCUCCUCCCGUUGCCCAAAGUACUCACAUCUCGUCACUCUCAUCAGAUCGCGAAACCCUCGACGCAAUUGCUGUUCCCGAUCCUUUCCGUCUCGCAAUCCGCAAAAUUCCCUCCUGUUCUUUCCCUCCGAUCCUUUUUUUUUUAAUCUCUCCUUCAGCUUCUGAGCUCGAAUUUCCGACGAGCCGAAUUAGGGUUUCUUAUAUCGGGGGGAUCCGGCCGGCGGAGGGACGCGAGGAGGCUGGAUCUGAAUAUCGUCCGGUUUCCAGAGGUUGGUUGUUGCGUUUGACUCGGUGGGCAUCUCCUUGUCUCAUUCCCGACGGUGGCGGAAUAGGCGGAAAUCUGAAUAGGUGAUUGUGAUCUUCUUCGAGGAAGAAGUGUACCACCUAUUGUUUGAAUAAUCCCUUGGUUUGUGGCAAGAGGUGAAGAUUACCUAAAGAUAUAUGUUAAUUUGCCAUACUGUUCUGCUGAGACAAAGCUUGCAUAAGUUUAUUUGAUUGAAGCUGCUUCAAAUGAGAGUUUUUAUGCAUUCAACAAGAACAUGAUUCCUAUGUCUUCAAAAAAAAAAUCAGAAGAGUAGGAAUCCUCAUUACAAUAGACAUUGAGCUGACAUAGGGAUAUCUUCAAUUGCAUAUCGACGAGUAUAUGACAUUACUAACAUGUGUUUGUGGUGGUUAACUGAUCCAGAGCAUACCAAUGUCAAUGAAUCUCAGAGAGGAAGUAGAUCAGGUUUUGGGCAAAACACGGCUAGAAAUGCAUGCAGGAAUACAGUCUGGUGGACGCUCACCAAAACAAAUUGAUGGUCUGGCAAGCAAUCAGCUGAGAACUGGCUCUGAUGGUGUACGAACUACUGGAUCCUCUCUCCAUUCUCACUCUAAGGGGAAGAGGAAGGAUAGGAUUGAUCAUGGGUUAGAGCCUAUCAAGAGCGAGUGCCCAUCCAAACCAGAUGGUGAUUCUUUUAGUUUUAAAACCGAGAGUAUGGUAAAGUUAGAAAUAGUCAAAAUUACAGAUAAAGGUGGGCUUGUAAGCUCUGAAGGGGUGGAGAAGUUAGUGAAUCUGAUGCAGCUUGAUAAAAUUGAGAAGACAAUGGAUGUAUCUGUACGGACACUAGUUGCUGAUGUCAUCACAGCUACUGAUCGAUAUGAUUGCCUUAUUAGGUUUGUUCAGCUUCGAGGCCUACUGAUUUUGGAUGAAUGGCUUCAGGAGGUUCACAAAUCUAAGACCAGUGAUGGUGUUAGUCCCAAAGAAAGUGAUAAAACAAUUGAAGAACUUCUCUUGUCUCUUCUUCGUGCGCUUGCAAAAUUGCCUGUGAACCUUAAUGCUCUACAGACUUGCAAUAUUGGUAAAUCCGUAAACAAUCUGAGGAGCCAUAAGAACCUUGAGAUACAGAAGAAAGCUAGGGGUCUCAUUGAUACGUGGAAGAAACGGGUUGAUGCAGAAAUGACCAAGAUCAAUGAUACAAAAUUCGUUACAUCAAACCAACCCGUUUGGCAAGUUAAACCAGGUUCUUCAGAUGCUUCUCUUGCAGGGAAUAGGCGCAGUGUUGGAACUGAAGUGGCUACAAAGAAUCAUGUUAGCCAGUUUCCAUCAUCUAAAACACAAUCUUGCAAGCCUGGUCAUUCAGAUGCUACUGUGAAGUCACCUUUAUUGUCACAAGGGUCCUUGAAAGUUGGAUCAGCUUUAGCAAUAUCUUCUGGAGUUGGUUUGAAGGACCCAUCUUGCAAAGCUGCUGCUAACACUGGGAGUACAGACGUACCAUCUGCUUCUGCAAAGGAGGAGAAGAGUAGUAGUUCUAGUCAAUCGCAAAACAAUAGCCAGACUUAUUCAAGUGAUCAUACUAAAACAGCAGGGACGUCACGGAAGGAACAUGCAGGAAGUUCAAGUCCUGGGACUAUAAAUGUUGCUAAGGUUGCUGGUAGUUCUUCACGUCAUCGAAGAUCUGGCAAUGGGAUUUCUGGAACAACUGCUGCUGGGGUGCAGAAGGAAAUUCAUCUAAGUAAAUCUGGUUCUCUCAAUAAGGCUAAAACACUGGAAAAAUCAUCACAAUCAGGUCUAUUGAAUGAAAAGUCAUCUGAUGUGCCUGUUGCAGAGCAUGGAAAUAAGCACAGGCUCAUCGUCAAGCUGCCUAACCCUGUUCGAAGCCCUGAAAGAAGUGCCACUGGGGGUUCAAUUGAGGAUUCCACAGUUGGCAGUGGAGCAUCGUCUCCUGGUGUCUCAGAUAAACAUGAGCAAGGCCAUCGUAAAGUGAAACUAAGGAGUGAGGCUCAUUGGUCUCAUAUUUCCAGAGAUUCCAAUAAAGAGUCACGUCAGAGCAAUGACGUCAAUGAACAGUCAGUCGGAGCAGGAGGUCUCAGAUCACCUGGUGCUGAUGAACCACACCUCAGGAGUGCCAAGGAAAUUGGGAAGGAUUUAGAGUCUGCCAGAGCUACCUGUUCAUCACCUGGUAAUGAAAAGGGAAUAUCCUCUAUUGAACCUAGGACGAGAAGUUCUUUCCGCUCUAUUAAUGCCUUGAUUGAAAGUUGCAUCAGAUAUUCUGAAACUAGUACACCUCUUGCCACUGAAGAUGAUAAUGGAAUGAAUCUUCUUGCUAGUGUGGCAGCUGGAGAAAUCUCCAAAUCUGACUUGAGUUCCCCUAAUAUCUCGCAUGGAACUUCCCCUGCUUUGGAGGAUGUAUCAACAGAGGCCAAACUGAGAUUGCCAAGUGAAGGGGAUGCUAUCCAUAGUCCAAAAUCAAUGCUAACUGAUGGUGAUGUGGCACAGAGGCAUGUUCACUCUAAUGAAGCUGUCGAAACUGAUAUCAACAUGCAAGACAAGAAUGUUUGCUCCAUGUUAAAUAAGGAUGCCCCAUACCCCAAUGAGAUCAUUCUCCCUGGAAAUAGUGAAACUGCUAUCGCCUUACAGGACAAUAACUUGCCAGGCCGUCAAGGUGAACAAUCUCAUACUGCUGUAAGCUCCUAUAAAUCUGAAGACUCUUGCAUUAAUUCAGAGAAACUAAUAGAGGAAGAAAGAGGUGGAACUCUAUCUGAGUCUGAGCCUGCUGAUGUGAUGAAACACAACAACGAAGGAACUUCUCAGUUGGAAAAAAAACCAGUGACAGAUGAAAAGGUCAUGGAUCAGUACACAGAUUGCAAACUUGAAGAAAGAAGCACAUCAGCAGAUAAAAGCAAGCCUGUUGAUUGCACUCAUCCAAACAUAGAUAAUAAUACAUGUCCCUCAGAAGUUGUUACUAGAGAUGAAUGCCAACUUGCAAUUGCUACUUCAGGCAGCGAAGAAUCAGAAAAGUUGGUCGUUGAGGAAACUCAAUCAUGUACUGCACCUAAAGAGGUGGCUGAGGUUGCUACCUCAUAUGACCUGAAGCAACCAACGCGACAAAGUAAAAUAAUUAUUUCAUCUGAUAAGUCGAGGACUAGUGAAUCUGAUAAAAUGGAGAGCAGCGACCCAGAAUUGAAUGGUAAUCAUGAGAACAAUAGUUCAAUUCUACCUGAUGAAUCAGUAAGACAAUCAAUCAGCUCUACUGGCAUUGCUGGAGCUGUUGGGGAUUUGAAGAUGGAGGAGGCUCAAGAAUGUGCUUCUGUUGGAUUAGCCAAUCAGGUAGAUCCAACAAGUUGCAUUCCCCAAGAAAUCGAGCAUAGAUUAAAACUUGAAGGCUCUGUGUUAUCUGCGGCUAUAGAAGGUGUUGAUGAGGAUAUUUCAUCACCUACAGAGACCUCAUUUUCCGUCUUACCUACAGCAGAUUCAGCUAAGCUUGACUUUGAUCUGAAUGAAGGCAUCAUUGGAGAUGAUGGACACCAAGAUGAGGCUUCUCUUUCAGCUGCAACAGUUAAUCCCUCAACAAUUCAUUUGCCAAUUCCAUCGCCUUUUGCAAUUCCCAUAUCAAAUGGUUUACCUGCUCAAAUAACAGUUGCAGCAGCUGCCAAAGGGCCUUUUGUGCCACCUGAAAACUUAUUGAAGAAUAAGGGUGAGGCUGGAUGGAAAGGCUCAGCUGCUACUAGUGCCUUUCGACCAGCAGAACCACGAAAAGUUAUGAAAUUGACCCACAGUAUUUCUGAGACACCAUCAACUAAUUCUGGUGGGAAGCAGUGCCAUACACUACUUGAUUUUGAUCUGAAUGAACCUGAUGAAAGAGUUCUUGAAGACAUGGCUACUACUUGCAGCUCUUCCAAGGCAAGAGGUGCUGAACUGGGGACAGAAAGCAGUCUAGAUGUGCCCAUGCGGGGUUUUGGAGGACUUAAUCUUGAUUUAAAUAGAGUUGAUGAAACAGACGAUGGGCAGUCCUUUGCAAGCACCUCCAGUGGACAGGAUAUUUCACUUUUAGCUGCAGGACCUGCGUUGGCAGAAUUCCCUACUAGGGAAGCAAAUAUGUUGAGGAAUUUUGAUUUGAAUAAUGGACCAGGAUUAGACGAAGUCUCUGCUGAAUCUCUGACCAGGAACCAAAAUAUGAAAACUGCUAGUAGCGUGCCGUUUCUUUUUCCAGUUAGUAGCAUCAGAAUGAACACUAAUGAAUUAGGCAGCGUAUCAUCAUGGUUUCCUCCUGGUAGUUCUUAUCCCGCUGUAGCUAUGCCAUCUUUCUUGUCCAACAGAGAGCAGCUUUACCCAAUUGUUGCAGCUUCAGGAGCUCAGAGAACUAUGGGGCCAGUGACUCCUAGCGGCCCUUUUGGGAGUGAUGUUUUCAGGGGUCCUGUCAUUUCGUCGUCUCUGCCGAUGGGAUUCAAUCCUGCAGCAUUUCCGUAUGGCUUCACCUAUGGUUCUAAUUUUCCGCUUCCGGCAACUUCUUUUUCAGGUGGGCCAACAGCCUUUGCUGAUUCUUCGUCUAGUGUUGCUUCGGGCUUCCCUGCCAUGCCUUCACAACUUGUUGGACCUGCUGGCACUAUUUUAUCCAAUUACCGGAAGCCUCACUUGGCAAGUCUUCCUGAGGGCAGCAACGGUAGUGGAUCUGACAAUUCUCGGAGAUGGAUCACAUCAAGCCUCGACUUAAAUUCAGGCCCAGGGAAUGUAGAUGCAGAAGGCAAAGUCGAGAGAUUCACCUUAGCACCAAGACAACUCUUAAAUGCAACAUCCCAGGGUUUUGCAGAAGAGCAGGUAAGUAUGUAUACAUAUCCUGGUGGGGGUUUGAAGAGGAAGGAACCUGAAGGAAGCCGGGAUACCGAUCGAUCUUCCUACAAGCAACAUUCCUGGCAGUAACCAGAGAUCAAAAAGCAAACCAUCUGUAGCAAUCCGAUGCGUCUAUUGGAAUACACAGAAGCCGAAAGACGCAGACUCUUCUCAGGGAUAAUACGGAAAUCAUGCAGGCUACACCGGCUCGACAUUGGAUAGCCACGGAGGACGGCGACAAUUCCUCGUAUGUGCUUUUUUGUUCUGCAAAUCCUCUGCUGGAGUCACCGCAUCUCAGAUUCCUGCCACAUUAGGAUGUGUUCUAAAUCUAACCAGGUGUGUGCGACCCCUGCCAUAACAUCUUCUGUAUGUGCAAUUUCCGACUGCACCCCAACCUCCGUUGUUACCGCCGUGCUGUAUGUAUUUUCAAUGUUCCAUGAAAUUAUAUUCCAUGUUAACUUAGUUUAUGAUCAGUUUGCAACAGUGAUGAAUGCCCUCUUCAAGCUUUGUCGCAAUGUGAUCGAUCAGUUGCAAAGCUACUUAGUGUCCAUAUCUUCCACUCUCGUGCAGUUUCUUAUCUGUGUCUCAAGAGGUGCGUGUAUGUGAAUGAUUUUAAUAUGUGAUUUUAUUUUUAAUUAAUAUAGA